UUUAGGACCUGUAGAGCCAGCUCAUCAAAAUGUCUGUGCUGUGGCUACUUCUGGGUCUUCUUGCCCUUACUGAUUUAUCUGAAAGCAGCAACUGGGGAUGCUAUGGAAAUAUCCGAAACUUUGAGACCCCUGGGGCUUCUUGCGGGAUUGGAAAGCGUCAUGGCCUGAACUACUGUGGAGUUCGUGCUUCUGAAAGGCUGGCUGAAAUAGACAUGCCAUACCUCUUGAGAUACCAGCCUGUGAUUCGUACUGCUGGCCAAAAGUACUGUGUGGAUCCUGCAGUGAUUGCUGGUGUCUUGUCCAGGGAGUCUCAUGGCGGCAACGUUAUGGUCAAUGUGGGCAACAUGGGCAAUGACAUCGGGGCUGUGCAGGACCCUGGUCUUUAUGCUCCAACAUCCUGGAUCAGCGAGUCCCGGGUUUCUCAGAUAACCGAGGUCUUAACUGUUAGGAUCAAAGAAAUCCAGAGGAGGUUUCCAACCUGGAACUCUGAUCAGUAUCUAAGAGGUGGACUCUGUGCUUAUGCUGGAGCUCCUGAGUACAUCAGAAGCAGCCAGGACCUGAGCUGUGAUUUCUGCAAUGAUGUCCUUGCCCGAGCCAAAUACUUCAAGAGACAUGGCUUCUAAUGCUUCAGAGCAAAUCCAAGGUCAUUAUCACAUAGAAGACCUCAGCUGUUACACAGAUAAAACUAGCCAAUGGGGCUUGUACCUGUGAAUCUGAAUUUGACCUGAAGGUCAUCAAAAUAACAUGAAGCACAUUAAA